AACUCGUAGUCCUCCCGAGUCUGUAAUUCCAUUAGAUUCGGAGCUUCAGUCAUGUCAAGAAUAUCAUGAUCUAUUCCGUGUUUGAACAGGUUUGAACCUUCUUAAAAGUAUAUCAUGUUUCUGCUUGAAGGCCCUUCCGCUAAUCUCAUCGGAGAAAUUCUCCAGUGAUCGUAAACCGGUAUGAUAGGGCGUUGGUUUUGUAAUAGGUGCAUGUUUGCCAGCUAGCAUCCGCACUAACCUAAUGUAUUGCCGCGGUAUACCUAUCCGAGAAUAAAAGUCAUGAGGGUUACAGCUGAGUACAUGAAGGCUUCGCAAGCCGGUGUGCUACUGGCAUGGAUAUCCUUCCCGUCGAAAUCGCGGAGGAGAUUCUGACGAAGUGCUCGAAGAAUGUGCUCACAUGCGUGGCUCGAACUAGCAAGGCCUUCUGUACGCUUUCCGAAAUGAUUCUAUAUGAUGACAUACGUCUCGACACUGCUGUCUGUACACACACAGAAGCUCUUCGCGGUUGUCUCAGAACGUUAUCAGGACAAACUCGGAAAGCAACCUAUGUCAGGACCUUUGACCUCUACAUUUUUAGAGCGUUGCAGGAACCCGAAUUGAAUCACCUCUCUGCUGCCUUGUUCAGCAUGAGCAAUCUCAAGCAUCUCUCACUGGACGUUGAAAACUUUCAUGCACCAUCGCUCGCGACCGUUCUCGCAAGUGCUCUGAGGAGAUCGACUUUUUCAUUGCAUGCCUUGAGGAUUCCAAGUGUCAUUGAAUGCGAUUCUUGGAUCGCAUCCCAGCAGCACUUGGAGGCCCUAGCGAUAUACGAUCAUAGUGGGGCUCAUUGGGAGCCAGAAGCCAGAGACUCAGUGAUUCGUAUGCAAACUUGGGCCAGACAAUCCAGGUCACCAAGUAAAAAUAUUUUCCUCGUCAAAUAUCGCCAUGGAUGGCCCAGCGAUCUCAUAGCUCUGUCACAGUCGUGGAACGCAAAGUACUUGGCCAGCCUUUUUGCAUUCCCCCAGUUCAUCUCAGUGCUCUAUAUCUUCGUAGACAGUCCUAGUAUGAACAUCUACAUUGGUACUGAGGCUUCACGUUCAUUUCCUGCCGUUGAGACACUGGUUCUGGCUGCAGAAGACGAUAGACUAUGAUUUUUGCGCCAUUUCCAAAGAACAGAACCGGUCUAGCACGGUCAUGGUUUUCGAAGAGUAAAUCCCUGCGAUAUUGAUCAUACUUUCUCUUUACA